GCGGCUAAAGGAGAUCUCUUUCUCUCGGUCUAUUUCUGCAUCGCGAAUCUCAGAGAGUCUGCGCGUAUUCAGAUUCAUUCAUCUCGAUCUUGGUUUAUGAGCAGCUCCAAGGAGAAACCCACUCUAGGUGGCGCGCGGAUUAAGACCCGCAAGCGGAAUAUUGCAGCACCACUGGACACUGCAUCAUUUGCGGAUGCAGUGGUCCAGAUCUAUCUGGAUAAUGCUGGUGAUCUGGAACUUGUUGUCAAGAGCAUUGAGUCAUCAGAACUUAACUUCAGUAGAUACGGCGACACUUUUUUUGAGGUUGUGUUCACAGGAGGUCGCACCCAACCUGGAACAGUAAAACCUGAUGAAGGAGAGCGUCACUCAUUCGCUGUGAUCGAGUGUGAACCCAAGCGUGAAAUUAUCUUGCCAUCUGUCAUCUUUGUACAAAAGAUAUUGAGAAGAAAACCAUUUCUCAUAAAGAGCCUUGAAAAUGUUAUGCGGCGACUGCUGCAGUCCUUGGAACUUUUUGAAGAAAAGGAAAGGAAAAAGCUGGCAAUUUUUACAGCCCUUGCCUUUUCCCAGAAAUUGUCUGGCCUUCCACCAGAGACUGUGUUCCAGCCGUUGCUCAAGGAUAAUCUUGUCGCAAAAGGGAUAGUUCUGUCAUUCAUCACAGAUUUUUUCACGGAGUAUUUGAUUGAUAACAGUCUUGAUGACCUGAUCGCGAUUUGUAAGCGGGGUAAAGUGGAGGACAAUCUUCUUGAGUUCUUCCCAUCAGCGAAGAGGACCCCAGAAGCCUUCUCCGAGCAUUUCACAAAUGCUGGACUGCUGCCCUUGGUCGAAUACAACGAGAAGAAAAUUUUUGAAGUGAAGCUCAAGGAAAUGAAAACGGCAUUGACAACUCAGAUAUCAGAAGAAACUGAUAUCUCUGAGGUCAUAGAUACUGUAAAACAGUAUGUUAAAGAUGCUAAGCUUCCAGAUAUUGAGGCUAUUCGGAUUCUUUGGGAUGUAUUGAUGGAUGCCGUGCAAUGGUCUGGGAAAAAUCAACAGCAGAAUGCUAAUUUAGCUCUGCGCCAGGUGAAAACAUGGGCGAAGUUGCUGAAUGCCUUUUGCACAAGCGGGAAGCUGGAACUGGAACUGAUAUACAAAGUCCAAGUGCAGUGCUAUGAGGAUGCAAAGCUGAUGAAAUUGUUCCCUGAAAUCAUAAGGUCACUUUAUGACCAGGAUGUCCUUGCUGAAGACACCAUCCUUCAUUGGUUCCGCAAAGGAACAAAUCCCAAGGGCAGACAAUCAUUUGUGAAGUCGCUGGAGCCCUUCGUGAAGUGGCUAGAGGAGGCAGAGGAAGAGGAGUGAGUAACCACUCCGGCGUUGUAGACUGGCAGACGACUGUGUAUCACACACUCACAGCGUUUCAACUUAUGCAUUGUUUUUUCGAGAUUUAUAGUUCCCUUAAUUUGUUUUUUCCUUCUCAACGUGCUAUGCUCAUCUGUGGUGAUUAUUAAGAUGAAUGGUUAUGUUACUUCUACAUUUUUUCUGUUCAGUUGUUGUGAAUUUGUUAUAAGAGUGUGCUUGUAGUGGGGCACAUAAUGAUCCACAUAGGACGUUUUACCUAAAAAUCAACACAAGAAACAUUAUUUGUGGUUUCGAGGUCUCAUAAUGUUGUACGUGGUUAAAAUAUUGUUCAAGUGUUUAUUGGUAUUG